AACUCGGCCGCUGUGAUUGUGAAAGGUUUAAGAUUCUUUCCAUAUUUUACAAAAAUAUAUUUAGAAUCGUCUGUUAAAAUAAAGUUGAAUGGAAAAGUGAUGAACAAUGUUUGUCAGUAGCUAAUAAUUUUAAUUCAAGAGUUUUUAGCAAGCAGAACAGCUGGACUUUGGUAAGUGGUUCAACAGUAAAAUGUCAUCGCCGUCCAAGCUUCGGUCCAAAAGACAAACUCGAUGCAAACGUCUGUUACAUAAACGACUGCCAAUUACAAAAUGGCUUCCAGAGUACAAUUCAGAGAAGGCUCUCGCAGAUUUAAUUGCGGGCAUCACAGUGGGUCUUACGGUUAUACCACAGGCUCUGGCAUAUGCGACACUAGCUGGGUUAAGUCCACAGGACGGUCUCUACUCAUCAUUCAUGGGAUGUUUCGUCUACAUAGUGUUCGGGUCUUGCAAGGACAUUACCUUGGGCCCGACUGCACUUCUGGCUCUCAUGACGCACCAACAGAUACAGGACAGGAACCCUGACUAUGCUGUAUUACUCUGCUUUCUGUCUGGCGUAGUACAACUUGUGAUGGGCAUAUUACAUUUAGGUGUAUUAAUAGACUUCAUAUCGGUACCGGUCACAGUCGGCUUCACUUCAGCCACAUCUGUGAUUAUCGCUGUGUCACAACUCAAAGGCCUUCUAGGACUACAGUUCAAAUCUGGCCAAUUUUUAGACACCGUACAAAAGGUGAUAACGAAUUUACCAAAUGCGAGAAUCGCUGACAGCUCUUUAGGUAUAUCGUGUAUAGUGAUACUUUUAGUUAUGCGUAAAAUGAAAGACAUAAGUCUGCCUCCGAGUCAGAAAGGCUUAAAGAAAACUCUUUGGUUGCUGUCUACGUCGAGAAACGCUAUUGUGGUGAUAGGAUGCUCUUUAGCAGCGUUCCUCUUUGAGAAAUAUUCCACUCAGCCUUUCAAACUCACAGGGACUGUUAAGGAUGGUCUCCCCUCUCUUCGCCUGCCACCAUUCUCCACAACCCUGGACGACGGAAGACAAGUCAGCUUCAUGGAAAUGUGCUCAGAUCUCGGCUCUUCCAUAUUCAUAGUUCCUGUUAUUGCUGUAUUAGGCAAUGUGGCUAUUGCCAAGGCUUUCGCUAGUGGGGAGUCAGUAGAUGCUACACAAGAGUUGAUAACUCUCUCGUUUUCGAAUAUAUUCGGUUCUUUUGCGGGUGCUAUGCCGAUCACCGGGUCUUUCUCCCGGAGCGCGGUGAACCACGCCAGUGGAGUCGCCACGCAGUUCGGUAGCAUUUAUACUGGUAUAUUGGUGCUGCUAGCACUGAGUCUGUUGACUCCGUACUUCUACUUUAUUCCCAAAGCGGCGCUGGCGGCCGUCGUGAUAUGUGCUGUGAUAUUUAUGAUAGAAUAUGAAGUAGUAAAACCAAUGUGGCGAUCUCGUCGCGCGGACCUCCUCCCCGCGUUCGCGACGUUCGCUCUAUGUCUGUCAGUGGGCGUAGAACUGGGCAUCUUAGCCGGGGUGGCUGUUAAUGUGAUACUACUGUUGUAUCCUAGUGCAAGGCCACAGUUGGAUGCUGAGAUUAUUACUAACGCAUCAGGCUUCAGUUACGUUCUAGUAACAGUGGGCAACAGUCUAUACUUCCCCGGAGUUGAGUACAUCAGACAGUACGUGGAGCGAGCUGCUAAGAAACAAGGCGGCUGCAGCAUGCCCGUCGUUAUAGACUGUCGAUAUGUGCUGGGAGCAGACUUCACAGCAGCUAAAGGCAUCUGCGCACUAUCAAGUUCGCUGGCGUCCCGCGGACAGCCGUUGGUGCUGCUGUCGCCCCGCGCCAGCGUCGCGUCCGUCUUCAGCGGCGCCGGCUCUAACGUCGUCGUCGUGCUGACCAGCGCUGAACUAGACUCCACACUACAUAGUCUUACCGGACAAAUCCCCCUACCAAUACUUAACAGCAAAGAACACACGCCGCCUCCCAAGUACGACUCACUAAAGCAAUCCGAUGACGACAUCACAGAGAUCGUCAUUACCGAAGAACAAAACAGCGUCCCUUUGCUAUGCAAGAACGGGACGAGAUCUCAUCCGAGCGACGCUAAUGAUACGUGACGGUAAUACGUCGUAUUUUGAAUAAGAUUAGAUGUAUUUUCACUAAGGUUUUCUUGGUUUAAGAUGGAUUUUUUUGUAAAUUAAGCUGCAAUGAGUAUAAAAAAACAAUUGAAUGACUAUAGCAAAAUGUUGCGUUUGUGUACGUGCAAAUAUGUACACAGAAUUGAAAGUGAACCGGCUUGAGGCGCGGCUCAUCCGAAUAUUUGUACAAAUCCGUAUGAGGCUAUACUAGUUUGAGGCGCGGAACGCCAAAUACUUUUUGUGUGCAACAAAAAGACAGUGAUACUGUAAUAGUUUGUCCUUUAAAUUCUAUAAUCCAUUUCAGCAAAUAAUAUCAGCAAAAAUCCCUCUAUUAAACCAAUUAAACUUCAGUAUGUAAGUAUUAGUGUAGAUAGAUGUUUCGUACAAGUUCGACAAAGUUACCCUUUUGAAUAUAGUUCCUAAAGUAUGUUUAACUAGUAAAAAGUACUUAAUAAGUGAUUGGCUAGUAUUUGCCCUUUCUAAGCAUCAAUACUGUCCAGAUUUAUGUCGGUCUAGGAUAUUGACAUUUGCUGUUCUUAAGUUCUAAAAUAAUCAAGCCGUCCGUCUUACUAAAAUCCUCUUCUUGUUCCAAAAUAUAUUUCAUGAUUGCUUUGCCGACCAUGCCAGCUGUUGUCUAUGGCUCUUCCAAAUAUCCAACUCCAUACUUCCAAAAUACCUUUUUCAAUUAUAUAAUACUAGCUUCUGCCAGUGGUUUCACCAUCUUCCCGAGAGAACUACACCCCGCACCCAAAUAAAACAUGGGCUUCCUUAAACAAAAAUAUGUUUUCCAAUUCCACAAACUCUUUAGCUUUAUAAUACUAGCAUACUUAGAUAAAAAAGUCUGAAAAAAAUAUUUGGUCCAUAUGUAUGUCUGAAAAGUCUGAUUUGAACGUAUGACUUCCAAUUUACAUGUCUCCCGUAGUAUUUCCAGUUAGAUAAGUUAUUCAUUACUAUUGUCGAUCUUGUACACGAUGAUGAAUAAAUUAGUUUAAGCGUAAAGUAGAUAAAUUAAUUAAUUAUAUAUAUACAUAUUUAUAUUAUCUGUAGCGUCCAACGCCAUCAAUUCAAUCUGACUCAUGCUCGAUCUAUCGAAAAAAUUCAAACAUUAAUUUAUUUUUAUCGAGAAUAUUUGUGAUCUGACUCGUAUUUACUUAUAAUCUAAGAAAGUUCAAACGAAAUUUCCGAUAGUUUCGUUAUUAAUGGUCUCUUUUGGCAAGUUUAAAUAACAUAUCAAUAUCAACCAUUUUUUCAACUCUCAAAUUCAUUAGAUACCAACUCUUAAUACUGUUGUAAGGAAACGUUGACACGUUUUAAAUAUUUUCCAGACAGAAAGACUAUCUGCCAACUAAAUUAAUAUUGUACUUUGUGAAGUAUGUCCCCCUAUUUAAUUAUUUUUAUUUAGUAUUAAUGUACUAGAACGCCCAUUUGCACCGACAACAAAAACGUUACUUUUUUUGUAAAACAACUAUUUAGUUCGAAUAUUUAACCUGAAAAUUCAUAGUAAACAUUGUUUUAAGAAAACAGAUGUUUUUGUUGUCGAUGAACUUAGGCCUAGGUCUUUUAUAAUGCAAUACUUAUUAAGCCAAGUAGUUAGUGAAAAGUGUGUUUUAUACUGGUAAUUUAAUUAUGUAGUUCGGGUAAUUUUUGUGUUGCAGUUUCAGAACGUGGUAAGUAACUAAAUAUGUAUUUUGUCUGCAAACGUAUGUCCUACUUAGAUAUUAUUGAAAACUUUUAUGUUAUCUUAUUUUAAUGUUCGAAUAUUGUCAGCUAAUUCUAUAAGAAAUGGAAUUAUUUGAUUUUGAAUUAGUUGUUUUUAUUCUAUAGUCCGUUCAAAACGUCUCCAAGGCAUAAAUGUAGAAAUAGUACCAAAGAUGAAUGAGUCCAAUAAACUUGUGCGUAGUGAUGCGCUUUAUCGACAAAACCUCCAAUAUAAUCGAAUUAUCGAUGUUUAAUAAAACUUUCUGCAAUAACCAGUAAUUCUUGCAACUGUUUAUAAGUGCAAGUGUAAAAGGUAUUGAGUUUUUUGCGAUGCCGUAAUUUUCAUUAAUUCCUUUUCAGUAGAAACGCUAAUCUCGUGAAUAUUUAUAUAAAGAAAACCUUAAUUUUUUAUUAUUAUAUUGUGGAAUCUUUUUAAAUCCUUUAUAUUCAUGAAAUAAAUGCUCGUUACCAGUGAAGAAAUGAAAGAAUUGAUCAAUCUGUACACUAUUUAAAAUUACAUUUUACAAAUGA